AUUUAUUCCAUGUGCUUAGUGUUUAUGUUCCCAAUUAAUUUUUGGGAGAUUCUGCGCAUUUUUAACGGCCUUCGCACGAUAGACUAUACACUGUGACGUGAAGCGUGCAUCGAAAAUCGGAACGGCGGCGUUAGUUUGUUGGCCUGCUUUUCUAAUAAAGCAAGUUUGAUUUGCUUGUUGAGCCUAAAAUUUAUAGCUGCUGUAAAUAUAAAAAGUGUUCCUAGUGGUAUUUUUGUACCUCAACACUAAUAGUAAGUAGGAAGUUCUAGUCAAAAUAUACCGUCAUGGCAUCAUCACCACCUCAAGAGCAGGCGCCGCUAAAUAUGCAAAGGCAACCGCUCGAGGCGGGCAUAAACCGACAAGAUUCACAGGUGAAGAGCCAGGUCGAUGAGUUAAGAGAAAAAGUGCAAAAACCGGCUGUGAGCACAGGCCUUAUAGUGUUCUUAAUACUAAACAUCGUCAUGUUUUGUGUCGGUGUGGCCACAACGAAAGACUGUCCAAUAAAGCCGAUUAUUCCCAUAUACUUAGCAGUCGCUGGUGCGCUGGGGAUUGUUACCAAGAUACUUCCCAUCGUCAACAUGAAGUUUUUCAAUAACACCUUAAUAGAACGCGUCGUGUACGCUCUGUUUAUAAUCGAAUUCAUAUGGAUGAUUUUAGGGUCCGUUUGGAUUUAUAGCAUCUAUGAACCUCCCUACAAGCCUAUCACCGAUCAGCCUCACUGCAACAAGACCGCGUACCUUUUGGCAUUUUGGUUGCUGACAUUACAUUACAUAUUUUUGCUGCUAUCCAUUCUCAUUCCCUGCUGUGUUUUUUGUUGUAUAUUUACGUGCGCAAUGGUAUCAACUAAUUGAACUAUUUCCUCUGCAAGCUUAUGAUUGUAUGUUUACGUAUAUUCGGUAUAUGUACUGAUCUUGUAGCUUUGAGCGUGUAAAAAUAAACUAUUACCACACAAUCACACCUCA